CGUGGACACUCAAAAUCGCAUCUGAUAGCGCAUUGCAGAGGGUCCGUUGACAAGCACACGCAAUGGGAGCUUUCUACGAAACGAUCCCAGAAAACAUACAAGAAUGGAUCCUUAAACAGAAGAUCCUCUGGGUCGCUACAGCGCCUCUCUCUGCUGAAGGUCACAUCAAUGUCUCUCCUAAAGGCGGCAAAUCCUUCGGCAUUCUCGACGACAAAACAUUCUGGUAUCACGAGCUCACAGGUUCCGGAAUCGAAACCAUCAGCCACCUACGAGAGAAUGGUCGCAUUACAGUCAUGUUUAAUGCUUUCGAAGGCUCUCCUCGAAUAGUUCGACUAUGGGGCCACGGUAGGAUCCUCGAACGCGAGUCGCCGGAGUUCAACGCCUUUGUCGAGGAGCAUAAUGUUAAGACGAUUCCGGCAACGAGGUCGAUUAUCAUUGUUGAUGUGCAUCAAGUGGGCUCUUCCUGUGGAUAUUCGGUACCCUUCUAUGAGUUUCAGAAGUUCAGGAGCACGCUUGAUCAAGUCUUCGAGAAGAAGCAGAAGAACUAUGAGGAGGGCAAGAGUGAAGAGACGAUGGACCGAUAUUGGGCAUACAAAAACGCAUGGUCAAUAGAUGGACUGCCGGGCAUGAAGCGGGGAGUCGAAUGCGGAGAGAAGGAGAAAGUCGAGCCAAUCGUCAAGAUGGUCGGUCCAAAUGCGCCUUCAUCGCCAUUCGGCUCGGGCUACUCGAGAUCGCGGCCGGGCGUUCAGGUGGCAUCGUCGUACGCCUGGCUUCUGCUAUGCGUUCUGCUUGCAUUUGUGGUGGGGCGUGCGUCCGCUGGGCAUGAGUUCGAGCUGAUCCAACGCUUAAAGAUGAUGGCAGGCGUUUGAUGGAACGAGAGUCCGGAAGCUGAUUGCGUUUUUCUUGAAGAUACGAAAAGGCGUUGGUUGUAUAGUUGACAGCGUGUUUGCCUGGUCGUUGCUGUUUUACUCGAGUCGUCAUUGCCAGAAGCAGAGCCCGUGCAAUGUCUAGAUCACUC